UCAUCGGGAGUCAUUUACGGAUCAGUGUGUGUGAUAGUGAGAACAUGUGGAAGCGUCCAGACGCCGUGACACGAGGAAUCAAAUCACACGCUGUAAAAAUAGCAGCUUGUUCUAAAUACAGUAGAGCUGUAAACAAGCAGAUAAACCUGGAAAGAAGCGCAGAGGAGCUGCUCGCAGACACAGCAUCAGUUCCCAUCAUGAAGGCGGACAGGAUCACUGACAUUCCCGUGUACGACCUCUCUGUGAUCCGACAGCUGUGGGAGGGACGAGUGAAGAAGUACAGACAGCGGCAGAAGAAAGAGGAAGAGCGCAUCAGUAAAAGUGCUCUGGCCAAGGUGGAUCAGCAGUGGCAGUAUCGCAUCGCGUGCAGGAAGCUGAAGAGCGCGGAGGUCACGGCGCUGCAGUGUUACCUGGAGAGAUCCACGCUCGGACAAAUACACACCGAGAACACAGACAAUAACACAGACAACAAGAAGUUCAUUUUUGAGUUGAACGGGAAAAAAUGGAUGAAAUUACCUGAAGAUCUUCAAUACAUGACUUAUCUCAAGGAAUGGCACAUCCAUGGGACCAGGAUUCCCGAGAUUCCCACUUACAUCGAGGCAUUUGUGGAUCUGCAAGUGCUGGACGUCCCGAAAAACGGACUGACGAAGCUUCCUCGUGAAAUAGGGAAACUGAUCAACCUCAGGGAAUUACGUGUGAAUUAUAAUAAACUGUUAACCAUUCCACCUGAACUCGGAGGAUGUGAGAAUCUGGAACGAUUAGAGAUGACCGCCAACAGAAACCUGGCCGAGCUUCCCUUCGAGCUGAGCAAUCUCAAAAAACUGAAGCACUUGGACAUAGCAGAAAAUCAGUUUGCCAGUAUUCCAGUCUGCGUGCUGCGCAUGGAAAGCCUGAAGUGUUUGGAUAUCAGCAACAACAGACUCAAAGACCUGCCCGAGGACAUUGACAGGCUCGAAGCGUUGGAGACGCUGUUCCUUCACAAAAACAAAGUGCGACACGUGCCGAUGACUGUGACGAAUCUGAUGCAUCUGAAGAUGUUGGUCAUCAGCGCAGACGAACUGUACAGCAUCCCGUCACAGUUAAUCGACAGCCCUAAUAUCAAAUUAAUCCGAUUAUACGACAAUCCAAUCAACCCUGAGAAUGAAGACAUGAGCAUGGACUCAGAAGCUCAGGAGGGACGAGACAAAGAGUUCAUGAAGACGUACAUCCAAACCCUUCAAGACAGAGACGCUCAGCCGUUGUACACCACUAAAGUCUCUCUGAGCUGCCUGCUGUAGAACCAGAUCAACGUCUGCUUCACGACUCGAAAGAUGCCACGGAUUGAAAUCAGUGUGUUUGAAACACUUCCACGGGAGUCUGUUUAUUCGUUUGUUCAUUCCGAGUUCAGUUAGAACUAAGAUGCAGGUUACACUGAGAAGCUGUCAGUAUCUGAAGGUUUCUUUUGUUGCAGCGUUUACUAUUAUUGAAGUUUUUUUUUUUUGACUGCAUCCCGAACACAUUUUGAUUUGGUUUUCUGUGAAGAUUUCCAUUGUUUAGUUUGUUUGACGUGACCAAAAUGUUUCACAGCAUGACGUUGAACCUUUUUCUGUCUGGAAGUCAAUGUUUUAUAAGAGUGCCGUUUUAAUUUAUUGCAGUUAAUUUUCCUAUUUUGCCUUCAGCCAUAAAUCAACAUGCAAACGUGCAUUUCUCUGUCAGAGUGUGAAACAAUAAAAAUGCAAUCCUGGAA